AUUUGUAAGAAAUAUUUUUGCCGUGUUCAUAGGCGGUUGGAUUUUCUACUCUGAAACUCGUUUUUGGAAGUUUAUUUCGAUAUAAGAGAGUGGUAAUUUAUAGUUAAGUUUGUGAUUUUUCGAAUGUGAUUAGAAAGCAUUAUUAUAUAUUUACAAUACAAUAGACAUUGCGCCAGUUAUUAAUUUUUUUUUUUUCAUGGCUCGUCAAAUAACCGAUGAAAAAAACUUCUAUUCUAUUACAUGGGCUGUAAAUAAUUUCAGUUAUUGUUGGCAAAAGAAAAAUGAAGCUAUCGCCAGCCCGAUAUUCUCCCUCUAUGUUCCAGAAGAAACUAGAUGGAAGUUAUUGUUAUUUCCGCACGGAGUAACUGUUUCAGAUGGCAGUUCCCUUGCUUUUUAUCUUUAUCGAGACCAGGAUUGCGAUGGUCCAGAAAAUAUAGAAGUAGAAUACAAUCUUGAAUUCAUAGCUGCAAAUGGCUCCAUCCUAACUAAAGGCGAAACAAAGCAUAAAUUCAGUAAAGAAAGUCGAUGGGGUUAUCCAUGUUUUCAAAAGAGAAAAACGGUAUUCAUAACAAAAAGAAUGAAAUUUUUGCCACAAGACAUCCUGACAACACGUUGUUCAAUGAAACUGAACAGAAUUCUUGACCAAAAAUCUAUUGAAAAUAGGAAUUUAUUUGCGAGAACCAUUAUUAAUGUUGAAAGGAAAUCUCUUCUGUGGACAAUAAAAGGAUUCAGCAGUUUUGCCACGGAUCAGAAAAACGGAUUAGUAAUUAAAUCUGCAUCUAAAGAGAUAUUGUUAAAAAUCGAUCUGUUUCUAACUGGCGGACAGAGUUCUGAAGAGAAAAUUAAUCUGGAUAUAUGUCCUGGUGAUAGAUGCAUGAAUUUUUUUACAAUGAAGACUUUGAUAUUGGUAAAUGACGAGAUGGAGGAAGAUAUCAAUGCUGGUGAAUUCGAAUGUUGGUGUGAAUUUGGAAAAUGCUCGACGUUUACUUUGAAUGUUUCGAGGAAUAAAUUGAUGGAAGAUGAAGUUCUUUAUUUGCCCAAUGAUGUCUUAUCUUUGAGGUUAGAAUUAGCCACUUCCACUGGCUUUGCUUUUGAAGGAGUAGAGAAGGUAGAUUUUGGAACAAUUUCGCACGGAACUUCAAAUGAACUUCUAGACAACUGGAGCAAAUGCAAUGCUGAAGGUAAGAAAACUAAAAAUUCAUGUGCAUUAAUAAAUGAUUUGACAUCUUUGUUCAAAGAUCAAAGCCUAUGCGACGUGAAAUUGCAAGCAAAAGCAAAUGUAUUUCCCGCCCACACAUCAAUUCUUGGUGCAAGGUCCCCAGUGUUUAAAGCGAUGUUUUCUACAAACAUGAAGGAGAAACUGAAUGGAUGUGUUGAUGUUUCCGAUUUAGAUGAUGAAACUGUGCGACGUUUUCUCUUAUACCUGUAUACCGACAAAAUAGAAGAAUUGGAGUGGGAAGCUGUUUCCCAGCUAUAUAAAGCUGCAGACAAAUAUGCAAUAAUUUCACUCAAGGAUCAGUGUUCUAUGCUUUUGAAAGACGAUUUGAAUCUGGAGAAUGCAUGCAAAACUUUACUUCUUUCUGACUUGCACCAAGACGAAGACUUGAAAAUUAUUGCUCAAGAUUUUAUUCUGAAAAAUGCCAAAGAAAUUUUUAAAUCCGAGGAAUGGAUUGUUUUGUCGGAUAGUUAUUCAAAAUUAGCUCUAGAGACAACACUUCGGAAUUGGAAGCAAGAGAGUUGAUAAAACUAUUGAAUUUCAUGUGGACAUGGAGCCUCUAUCCUAGAUGCAUGCGCUGGGUGGAGUAUAUACGAAAGGAAUCAUCCCACAGGGUGGAAGUUUUUCAUCACUAAGCCUAACUUUGAAAAAAAAAAC